UUCAGAGGUGCCAAGAGAGUUGGUAGUUAUUUCCUGUCACGAAGACUUUGGCGUGCGGCAAUGUCUUACGAGCGUGCCAAUGGAGGUGAUGAGGAGAACUUCGAAGACAACGAUAACCGUCUUCUGGCUUCUCGCUCGAGGAUUGCUGUAAUACACCCAGACCUGGCCUUGAGACCUUCUGUGUACUACGAAGAAGGCCCCUUCGACGCACCUUCCUCUGACGAAGGCGAGGGUCUCAUUGAGAAGCAGGAUCAUGUUCUUUCGGAUGACCCGAAUAUCUUCGGUGACACGGAACCGGGAAACGGUUUGCUGGUAGGAGGAAACAAGAGGCCCGCUAGCCUAAAGUACCUUAUUAUCUCCCUAGCAUCACUAGUUUUUCUCUCUGCCUCUAUUGGACUUUUUGCUGCAACAUCUCUCUACAACGGACAAACUUAUCGACUACCAGGUGCCAGGAAGAUUUCCUUGGACCAUAUAUUUAACGGAACGUUCAGUGCCUCACGGGAGGGUGUGCACUGGGUUCCCGAAGCUGGCGACGGAGUUUUCUCUAUCUUCCAGAAUGGACAAAUUCAGCUUGUUGACCUGAAAAGUAAUAAAACGACUGACCUUGUCUCCAUGAUGGACAUCAAGGAUGACGAGGGGAACAUUAUUUACUGGACAGAUUGGAAGCUUUCGCCAGACAUGACGUAUAUACUGGUGAAGGCCGACCAUCUCAAGCAAUGGCGCUACUCGAACUUUGGCAAUUACUACGUGCAUAACCUGAACACUAAAGUAACAUACCCAUUGGUGCCGCCCACUCAUCCUCCAGUCACUGCUUAUGCUACCUGGUCCCCGACUGGGCAAUCUAUCGCGUUCGUUGCUGCCAAUGAUAUAUAUGUACUCCCAUCUCCGUCUGCUUCCACCACUCCCAUUCGUGUCACCAGCUCGGGAAAUACAUCAUUAUUUAAUGGUGUGCCUGAUUGGAUCUAUGAAGAAGAAGUUUUCGCAGCUGAUUACACGCUCUGGUGGUCUCCUGACUCGAGCAAGAUUGCUUUUCUACGUCUCGAUGAAACCGAAGUAGACGAAUUUCGGUUCCCGAUCUACAAUCCCACAGAUGAUUCUUAUGCUGUCGUUCCAUAUACCCAAGAUGUUGCCAUCAAAUAUCCCAAACCAGGCUACAACAACCCUCUUGCCUCUGUACAUGUUUUCGACGUCGCACAGUACGAACGAUCUGAAACAUCUUCUGACUCAACUGCCGAGAUUUAUACUUCCGAGCUCAGUUGGGAAGGUCGCUUCCCUGCAGCUAACAGUAUUAUCAUGGAUGUCACCUGGGUGGGUCAAUCGACACUCAUUGUUAAGGAGGUUACUCGCGCUGCAGACAACGGUAGCGUCGUGUACUUUGAUUUAACCAACAUGGGAUAUGCAGAUAUCGUGAACGGAAGGGUAGUCCGAAGGCUUGGUAGUGGUGGCGAGGAAGGUGAUGAGGGCUGGAUUCAAAGCGCCCAAAAUAUUCUCCCUCUUCCAGACAGCCUGCGUCCAGGGCAUUCAUCUGCCUAUCUAGAUAUUGUGCCAACCGACGGCUACAAUCAUAUUGCUCUAUUCGAUCCCGCCGACAGUAAGACUCCAUUUUUCCUCACUUCUGGCCCGUGGGAAGUCACGGGGGGCAUCAAAGCAAUGGAUACGCAAAGAGGAUUGAUAUAUUUCCAAGCCGCGCGGUCAUCAACCCAACGCCACAUCUAUUCAAUCCCAAUUUCAGCACCAGUUUCAGGAUACGUAGAGCCCAUCUCGCUCACAGAUGAAUCAAUAUCCUCUUCGUACAGUACUAGCUUUUCGCCACAAGCCGGAUUUUAUCUUCUUGAUUACAACGGACCAGCUGUACCAUGGCAGCGAAUUGUCGAUGUUGGCAACAAUGAUUUCGAUUAUGUUCUGACGGAUAACUCUGUAUUAAAUACCACGCUGACUGAAUUUGAAACUGCCGCCGUCACGUAUUCGACAAUAGACAGUGAUGGCUUUGAGCUAAAUGUAAAGGAAAUGCGCCCUCCUCGCAUGGAUGACUCAGGGCGGACGAAGUACCCAGUCUUGUUCUUCGUGUACGGUGGGCCAGAGAGUCAGCAGGUCAAUGUCGAGUACAAACGAGACUGGCAUGACUAUCUCGUUUGCACACUCCAGUAUAUCGUCGUCGUCGUCGACGGUCGGGGAACUGGAUUCAAGGGGCGGCACCUGCGCAACCCAGUAAGGAAUAAUCUUGGCUUCUGGGAAACUCAGGACCAAAUCAACGCUGCACGCAUCUGGGCUGGGAAAGACUAUGUUGACCGGAAACGUAUUGGAAUUUGGGGAUGGUCUUAUGGCGGGUUCAUGGCCUCCAAGGUUGCGGAAGCAAAUGCCGGUAUCCACACUUUGGCCAUGGCCGUUGCUCCUGUGACCAGUUGGAGACUAUAUGAUUCCAUUUAUACAGAACGGUACAUGGACUUGCCUGACAAUAAUCCUGGAGGUUACAUCAACGCCUCCAUUUCACAUGUAGAGGGCUUCAAGAGCAUAGAUUAUCUCCUCGCUCAUGGCAGCGGAGAUGACAAUGUCCACUAUGCAAACACAGCUCACUUGUUAGAUAUGUUCACGGAAGCUCAAGUCAGAAACUUUCGUUUCAGGAUGUUCACAGACAGCGAUCACUCGAUCAGUCGCAGAGGUGCAAAUAGAGAAGUUUUCGAGUACAUGGCUCUGUUCCUCAUUGAAAAAUGGGGGAAAGGUGGCCGGCGACGCGGCUGGUGAUUGAAUACUAGUAUGUGUGUACAUAGAUCUUCAAUUUUCGUAAAUUUCCACAUCAGAAGCGGAGAAUGCGGGUAUAUACUCAUGUUGGGCCCAAACCAUAACUGGUUUCAGAACUG